GCCAAGUUCAACACGCGAUGCUAACGUACAACCUGCUCACAGCGGAUUUUAGAGAGGUGAUUAAUGAGAGGUUACAACAUGUGAGACGGCUAGACUCUAAUUUAGGGACGAGUCAGUGAGAAGCGUUUGAGCAAUUUCAAUUAUUAGCCUAUCAGAAGACAGUAUCAAGUAAAAAUAUAUUACAAGAAAGUAAUGAAUUACAGUGGAUAUUCUUCUUUUACAUGAAUAAAAUACUUGUUAAGAUUAGAUAGAGGCUCAGAAGUUCUGAAUUCAAAAUGCAUACGGAAUAGGAACUCGUGCAUAGGGUUAAGGUUAGGCUGCUAACAUGAGUUUCUAUACCAUAUGCAUUAAGAAUUCAGAACCUCUGAACCUUUAUCAAACCUUAACAAGUUUUUAAAUCAUGUAAAAGAACAAUAUCCACUGUAAUUCAUGACAUAUUUUCACUGUAUACUAAGUGUCCUCUGAUUGGCUAACGAUUGUCAAGGUCAUUUUAGAUUCGUUCAGAGGUCGUCCCUAAACUAGUCUCGCUGCUUGGGUUGAGUUCUGAGAGAUGUUGGACUAAGGAUUGUGAACUUGCUUGAUUACAAGACAGUGAUCUAAGGUCUAAGCUAUCAAAAUUUAGCUUUAUGAAGUUCAAUAUCGGUGUGCGGUUCUACUAAUUGUCUGCACUGUGAAGCCCACGAGGACAGUCGGUACUGUGGUUGGUCCCUUUUAAAUGACGCCAAGGUCAUCCUUGAAAUAGCUCAGGGUCACGGCCAUGAUUUGGUUUCUUGUUCACUUCCUGUAGCCAAAUUAGCUGAGUCCACUCAAGGUCGUCUUAGCACUAGAUCAUGUUGAAGUCCUGUGACCUGCUGAUCAUGAUCAGAACUGCAGUUCUGUGAACAAGGAUUUAUUGAUAACAUUAUUGUUUUAAACUUUUGUGACGAUUACAAUAAGUAUAAUUACAACAUGAGUUUACUAAGAAAUGUUCAUCAUGUUCGAUUCGCUACCAAAAGUUUAUGGCAGACUUGUAAAACACUAAUAAAAGGUUUCGGUUUCACGCUCCACUGUUUGUUCAAAUGCGGUUCAGAAAUAAAUCUAGUGCUAAAAAGUAAUCAAUCGGUAAUAAUGCUUAGCGAAAUCAAAACAUUGUCCAGUGUUCAUCACCCAUUUAAGUACCAUUCAGAAAUCAGUAACUGGUAUACAAAACGUGAUGGACCAUGUGACAUUGCUUUAGAAGUAGUUGACGUGUAUGAAGUUUGUGAAAGGGUUUCCCGGUUUUCUGGGUUUGAGAACAUUCUUUUGGAACCUACUACUUAUGCUGAUUAUGAUGGAAAAAUUGUUUUAGGAGUAAUCAAGUCAUGUGUUGGGGAUUUGCUUCAUACGAUAGUUGACUCGUCACAGUAUAAAGGCUUGUUUUUGCCUGGAUACACAUCGGGACAGAGUGCAAAUGAUGACUUAAAGGAAGCACUAAAUAACAAUGGAUCGAAUCCCAAUUCUUUUGUGAAAUAUACUGACCAUAUAGCAAUCGCUGGGGAUAUUGGAGAUUCAGAUACUUUUAUGAAUUGGUACAAAACAGUAUUUGGAAUGAAACGCAUAUUCAUUAAUAUACAGGAUGAUGAAUCCCAAGGGUUUAUAGUAAAGUUCAAAAAUACUGGAAUGAUGUUGAAGGCAGUUUGUCAUAAAGAUCCAACUUCGAAUUCUGAUUAUCGUAAUGCAUGCAAAUUUGUCUUUGUUGAGCCCACGAAAGAUUCAGAACCUAGUCAAGUGACUCGAUUUCUACAAGCUAAUUCAGGUCCAGGCUUACAACACAUGGGACUCGCCAUUGAUAACAUUAUAGAUGUAGCAGCUACCUGUCAUCAAAAUGGUAUAAAAUUUAUCACUGCUCCAGACGUCUAUUAUGAAGCUUUAUCUCAGCGUAUCAACUUGAAAGAAUUUUCUUUGGAUUUAGAAAAACUUAAAACAACUGGCAUACUUGUAGAUAAAGAAUUAAACAAUGAAGGUUAUCAAAUAGGAAGUCUACUACAAAUAUUUACUGAACCAUUGUUUCAGAAAGAUGGGUUUUUCAUGGAAUUAAUUGAACGUCGUAAUCAGUCAACUGGUUUCGGUGAAAAUAAUAUCAAUGCUUUAUGGGAAGCAUUGGAAAUAUCACAAACAUUUUUUUGGUGGUUUUUCGCUAUCGCUUCAAAUCCAAAUUUAUUGAAUAAAAAUAAAGAGUAUUCAGCGAAGAGAAUUACCUUUUCGAUUUAAUCAUUCACUUACACUGUAGAUUUUUAUCUAUAAUUGCUUGAUAAAGAAGGAACCGAUUUGGAAAAUUUCUUCAUAUGUACAGUAGAGCCAUUUAUACUAUCAUAUUGACAUAAAUAUUUUAUAAUCAGUCAUUUGUACUUCUAUUGAUAAUGCUUCUUCUGUUUCGGUACAACCAUAAUGGGAUAAUUCUUAGUAUUUUCGUUUUGAUAACUAAAGUAAUUACAUUACUCCCUUCAAAAUGAAUUAAACUAUAAACAGGCAGAUCAGUUGUGUUAUAUGUAAUCAUAGAAAUUCUUGAUAUUCUAUGGUAAUUCAGCUUGUAUCUAAUUGAAAUAAAGUGUUGUCUGGCAUUAGUUAAAUCUCCAAUUCAUUAACAAGGAUUUUUGUCAAGGAAUUUAUUAUGAUAAACGAUGGUCAGUUGGAUAUUGAGCAGUCAGGAAGAUUAUAAACUAUAAUCAUUAAAUGUGUUGUUAGGUAUUGAUAAAUGAUGACAGUCCUCAAACUGUCAAAUAAAUAUCGGAAAAUAAAGCCAAACACUAUACAAUAUGACAGGGACAACCACCACUAUUGCGUGAGUCUGGUUGGUCGCUAGGACAUUGGGG